GGAGGAACGCAAGCGAGAGAGUUUGUAAAGUUUGUUGCUUCUAGCAAUGAGCACGUGGUGUGUGAUGCGUAUGGAAAGGGAUUUAAUAUGUUUCCGGCACUGUGGCGAGACGAUCUUUGUGUACCAAACCCUGUCUUCGUGUCCACUGUGCGGGGAUCCUUUGAGUAGCGACCUAGACGAUUCUCCUUUAACCCUGCCAUGUCCGUUCAUCCGAGCCUCGCAGCAUCCCUGCGCCAUUGUGCUGCGCCCAUCGCGUGGAGAUUUUUUGAGUUCAUUUCAAAAUCAAGAAAACCUACACAUAGCACUGACUUCGCUGAGCGGGGACAUUACUGAGUACGACACCGAAGGAUUAGUGGAAACGUCUGCAAAGAAUAGUGACGAUUGGAACCAGUGCCUCCUGGUGGCACAAGUACCGGAAGGGUGGUACGAUCGGUGGGAAGAAGUGCUAGCGGCCUGCAGUGACCGGUGCAGAUGGAGUAAGGACACGUACCACGAAGCAUCAAACAACUGCUACACAUUCGUGCUGUCGUUUCUGGUGAAGCUUGGCUACGAAGAAUUUUCGGCCUAUUGCCACGAUAAGUUUUUGUUUAGUGAACAGUACAUCGUGCCGAAGACGCAAAACGCCGCCAAGUUCAUUACAAUCCACCGGAAGCUGCAAUCGUGCGGAUAUUGGAUCGACGAGCAACAGCAAUAA